AAGUUUAAAUUAUUUGAACAAAGUUUGAAGCGAUUGUCAAAAGUAGUCAAACAGUGAAUCACUAUUAAUAACACGUGUUUUAACACAUUUGUCGGCAUUUGAUUGAUUUGUGGCCACAAUGGCUACCGAAAAACCUCACAAAGACAUCGAUGAUCUGAUGAAUGUUGUCAUCAUUGAUAAACAUAUCAAUCAAAAACCCCGAUCAGUUUUGGUCGACAAAUUCAAAAUGAGAUCAAACAAAGUAAUAGAUAAUUGUGACAAACAAUUAGACAUAACAAGAGUCGACAACUUUGUUAUCGAUGAACGACUUGAAGUAAAAGACAGCAAAGAGUUUCCAAAACUGAAGACAAUUAAAGAGUUGUUUGAAUUUCAAAGAAUAGAUUUGGAGAUCGGAUUUAAGGAGUGUUUGGCUAAUAAUGGAUUAAUAGCUGAUUAUGAGAUCUAUCGCACAAAGAAAUGGUAUCACUAUCUUCAGAGAACCAAAGAGUAUAAUCUCAUUACUAAAUAUAAGCCAAAGUUUGUCUCAUUUGGCGGUCCCGUUGCAGACAUUAUGGCCACCAUAUAUGACACACAUAUUGGUUGGAAAAUCUCAGCAGAAAUGGUCAACGAUGUGAUAUAUUUCUACAAAACCAGACACGAGAGGAGUCAAUAUGAUAAUCCUUCCGAUCGCGUCAACCGACGGUCAUAUUGUUUGCUUAAUUUCUUUCAAUUAGCCACCGAUCGGGACGAGACCGACAAGAGUGAGUAUAUCAAGCAUUUUGCUAUCAAUUGUGUCCAAUUGGGGUCACAUAGACUGAUGACACUUAACGAAGUGGACGCAAUUGAUGAUAAUGGACAGUCAGUCGACCUAAAGUUAGUUAAUUUGAUCCGUGGAUCUCGUGAUCAACAAUUUUUUGAGAAGAAAAAAUUAUUGAGAUUUUGGUCCAAAGCGUUCAUUCAAGGAAUGGAUAAAAUAGUUAUCGCAAACAUCGACGACAACUAUUUAAAGGACAUUGAAGUGAGAAAAGUAUCGGAAAUACCCGAAUCGGGUGCCAGUUAUUGGUCUAGCGGUCGAUGCAUUGAACUUCUAAAACGUUUCUUAAAAUUUAUGAAAUCAAAUGUUAAGGAAGAAAGGAUUGUCUAUGACUUUGAUUUUAAUCGCGGAGAAGAAUAUGUCGCGUGUUAUCAAACAAAUGAUGGCAAACAUGUCAUUCCCGUCGACUAUAAUAAUCACAUCGAUAUUGACAAUGAUAUCAACACUAUUGAAGCUACUAUUGACUCUAAAUUACAAAUAUUUUAA